GUCGAAACAUGUUUCAUAUUCAAUGUGCGGUCAGUGUCGUUCAGUCCAGCACUCCAGUUCUAAUCGUUCUACCAAUACUCGACAGAAAUCUUUGGACUUGGUUUGUCGUUACAAGUUUCCCGACUUUCUGUGAAAUGGACAAUAAACGCAAGCACGAAGUAAUUCUAACUCAUACCAAUGUCAACAACGACAAAAUAAAAUCGAAAAAACUUAACAUUGAUAUAGCCAGUACAGAAAAUGCGUUUGGUACGUCAUCAUUUAAUUUACCUAAUAAUCAAGGGGAUUUGUUACCAGCAAUUGUUUUAAAAAUAGUCAAUCCGGAACUAAUCACUGCGGACGUGCAAGACGCACAAUUAUUUAACUACUACACGGUAGACGAAACUAGCAAACAGUGCUCGGGCAAAUCAAUAAGAUCAUCUGUAAUUACUUCAGUUAACCAACAGGAUAAUGAAUACGACUGGACUCAAGAUAAGAAUAAAAUUUAUGAUAUCCGUUCAAAGUUUACCACUUAUAAUAAUAAUAAAUAUUAUUUAAAUGAUGAAGUUGAAAAAACAGAUAACUUUGGCACCAAUAAAUGUAUAGAUUUAUUUCAGUGCAGCGAUCAUGAAAUGAGUACCACAAGCUCAGAGUGCUCCGACGAAUCAAUAGGAACAACUAUUACUGCAGUUAGUCAGCAGGAUGACUAUAACUAUGACUGGACCGAACACGACUUGGAGAUAAACAACACGCGUCAAAAGUUUACCAUCAGUAAUAAUAUGACAAAUGUUAUUGACUAUCAAUUUGAUGACCCCAGUGAAAAUAAUACAAAUAAUGAAAUAAGAAUAACAAAUUGCUUUAACGCCAUGCAAUAUCAUUCGAUUAACAAUUCGUCUCAGUGUAGCGAUGAUGGAAAACACAUAUCAUCGAGCUCAAGCAAUUCAGUAGGGUCUACUAUACUUACUUCGGUUAGGCAGCAGGAGAAUGAAUGCUACGUUUAUUUGACUGAAUACGAUGAAAAGAUGAAUGAAAUCCGUUCAGAAGUAUAUAAUAUUAUAAAGCAAAAAAGUACAAGCUCGGAAAAACCAUUUAGAUCGAUUUUAAUUACUUCGGCUGAUCAGCAUCUAAAUGGAUACAACGAAGAAGAUACUCAGCAACCGUCCAAAUCGUCCGAGCAAGUAAACAAUCCCGAGAUACUAAUAUGCACAAUAAUUCAAAAUAAUAUAUUUCAAAAUAAUGAAUCUGAUGAUGAUGAAUCCCAUCCAAAAGAGGAUACUAAUUAAUAUUAGGUACCUGCAGUGAAGAUCAUUUGGUGUUUAAGUUUAUGAUUGAAGAACUUUUAUAUC